AUGAAGUAAACAACACAGAGAAAAAAUCUCAUAAAUUAAGAAAGAUAUAUAAAUGAUAUAAACAGAUCAGAAUAAUGCCAAGUUAAUUAAAAAAUAAUUCAGCUUUUCACCUUCCCAGUACAAGCAUAAAUUAAAGAAUAGUUAUAGUAUUUCUUGAAUUUAAAAGAUAAAAGAAAAGAUUAAAAUUCUUUGAGUAAGUAGAGAGAACAAUUGGUAAAGAAGAAAAAUGGCAUGAUUAAAUUUUAUCAAGUUCUAAAUCAAUUGUUAGCAAUCAUGUCUCAAAAUUAAUAAAAUAUGUAGUCAGUUUCAAAUCAAUUUACAAUUCAAGCUCUCAAGAUAAAAUAAUUAUUCAUUUAUUAGAAUAAAUAAAUGAUUUUCUGCUUAGAUAAAAGAGCAUGA